UUGUGUUUUUUUCGUCUCAGUAUGUAAACAAAUCUAAUAUUUAUUAUGGUCUUUCAAAUAUUGCUCACCAGCAAAAUGGACCGUUAUCGGUCUUAGCUGUCCCCUGGACAAACGAAAAGUUUAUAUUCUGCUUGAUACAUUUCAAGUAAAGACGAUCGUCCAUCAUCAUGGACUGGAGCGCUCUUCCGCUCGAGCCGUUGGAAUCGAUACUCGGAAAGCUGAAAUUCAAAGAUCGACUCGCUUGCUCUUUGGUAUGUCGCAGGUGGAACGAAGCUUUAUUUAGCUGUCCUGCGCUGGCCCAAACAAUCGUCCUAGUUAUAGGAACAUCGUAUGGGGAUGAACAUGAACCUGAAGUGCUUUUGCGCUACAGUAAACGGAAUUACAGGCUGUUGGCAGUCGAGUUGAACAAUAACGUUUCAAGCGCUAAAAUUAACCGGUGUUUAGUGAAUGUUUUAGAUCAAUGUGAAGUGCACGGCCUGUCGUUGUUUGGAAUGGUUAAUUCGGUUUUCGAAAGCAUUCGGCUACAUUCGGUUCGAUUCAGAUCAUUAACAGAGCUAAGCUUGGAACUUACCGUGGAUCAGCUUGUAUUACUUUCUUCCGUGCAAGAACUGACGAUGGAACAACUUAAAAAGUUCCAUUAUAUUCAACUAUAUUCCGGAUCCGCUCCAGCGUCUGUAGCAGUUUUUCUGGAUGCCCCAAACUUAGAAUCAGCUGUUAUAGUACUUGAAUCCCUGGGCGAUGAGGAAGCUUUGUACCGAGAAGGUCCCUUACUUGAACUGAGAGGUUGUUCUCGGUUGAAAACAUUGGAAGUGGAUCUUAAAGGUUGUAUGUGGCAAAACUUUUUCACAACAAUGCGGCCAAAGCUAGAACGGCUGUUGAUUAGACGAGCUAGCGACGAGUCAGAAGAAUAUGAUUGGGAUAUGCUGUUCGGUAAUAUGCCUGCACUACACCACGUAGAUAUGGUGUACUCAAACGACGCGAUGCUAAGUAGUUUAAGUCGUAACUGCAGUAAACUUAAGAAACUUGUCCUCAAUGGAUUCCGAUACGAAGAUGGAUCAUUUGGCGAUAACAUAAACAGGAUUUUACUAGAAGAAUUACACGUGGAUGGUCGGCUUCGUAGUGUUCUAUAUUCCAAUCAGUCUACUCUUACGCUUAAAACAGUAAAAAAGAUAAGUUGGAGUAAUGUGAAGUUUUCUCGCGUCCAGUAUGUUUUCGUGGUCGAUGCACCGGAAGUCACUUCAGUUACUGUUCGAUGGUGCGACUACAGACGCUUCCAGUUACGGCCUGGCGAUCAGUUGAAAUCAAUUGAUAUUGACUACUAUGGUAAUCAAACAGUAGCUCCAAAUUUCUUUCGAGCAUCUUUAGAUCAGCUUCAUAGUCUAAUCUUAUAUAUCAAUGGUAGCUCCCUGGCAUUAGUUGGUCAAAUGGAUAGCUUCCCGUGCUUGAAGAAGCUUGAGUUAAUUUGUUCCACAGAACAUCACGGUUACGGUAUCAGUGCACUUUUCGAAAGUAUAUGUGUGAGUUGUUUAGGUUUAGUAGAACUAACUAUUAGAAAUGAGCAUGAAAGACUACUUCAUAUAGAAAACUGUCAUUUAAUACAUUUAGUUCGCCUAGAGCAUUUGAGAGUGUUAACAUUACAGUACAUCACAAUAAUCAAUGUAUCUGACGAUAUAACUCUCGGUUAUUGGGUUAGAAUUAAUGCCAAAGGCUGUCGAAUCGUUGAUUGUGCAGGUCAGCAAACGAAGUUUCCUAUUCGUUGCCUAACAGCAGAAUGACAUACAGAUUUUAAAAAUAAUGGAAUAGAAAUUCACUUUUCUGGCGUACCUUUACUACCCAUCACCCAUCAUUACUUUUUUUAGUCUUAAUAUUUUUUAAUGUGUACAUUUAAUUUUAUUAAAUUCCAAUUUUUAG